AUGAUUGACGCGGGAGUUUUCAGAAGUGUUUGUAAAAAAAAUAAAAGAACAUCCGAAAUUGAUGCUCAAAAUAUGCAAACUAUGGGAAUCAUAAAAUCAGCAAAAGUCAAAGAUGUCAAUAAACUAUUAACAUCUCAUUUUGGUGAUUCCUGGAGAACAUUUCCAAUUUUAUGCUUUUAUGACAAAUUAAUGCCACAAAAUGUUGAAGCAGAUGUUGAUCAACAAGAAGAUGAAGAAAAUAUCUGCGAAGAAAAUGUUGACCUACCUGAUGUUCGAAUUUAA